AUGGUUUCCAAUUCUCAGAAGAAAAACCUUCAGUCUGUGUUUCCCAGCAACCUCAAAAAGCUCACAAUAACGCCGCCCAACCCCACCUCUCACUUCGACUUCUCUGAUGUUUUUGGCCCACUGACCCCACACCCAAACCAAUCGCAAUCUCCUUCUACAUCCACUUCGUCUUCUUCCUCCUCUGCUUUUGUAGGGGACCCACUUGUCAUUCACAACCGGUCCCACUCCUUCGUGGGUCCUUCCCCUCGCUAUCCCUCUCCUCUUCCCUCCCUUUCCAAAUCCAUGAAGAGGAACUCGAAAAUGAAAAUGAGGUUAUUGUUGAGGGGGAAGACGAGAAGGGGAAGAGUGAGCAAUUUUGACUUUUGGUAUGUCUUGAGUAGUGAGGAUCAGGCAAGGGUUUAUACUGCUGAGAUAGUAUCUGCUGUUCCACAUCUUCACAAGACCGGGAUUUUGCAUCGGUAUCUUAAACCUGAAAAUAUUCUCAUGGAUUGUGAAGGACAUUUCCUAAAAGAUAUAUUUGUCAUUCAGUCUAAAGGCCACAACAAAGAUGCUGAUUGGUGGAGUGUUGGAAUACUCUUGUAUGAAAUGCUAACUGGGCAGCCUCCAUUUACACACAAAGAUAGAAAGAAACUUCAGGAGAGAAUUAUCAAAGAGAAAGUCAAACUUCCACCAUAUCUUAGCAUUGAGGCUUACUCUUUGCUCAAAGGAUUGCUGCAGAAGGAACCAUCAAGAAGGCUAGGCAGUGGUCCUGGUGGAGGGGAUGCGGUCAAAGGUCAUAAAUGGUUUCGGUCAAUCAACUGGAAGAAGUUAGACGCAAGAGAAUUGCAGCCAAAGUUUAAACCAGAUGUGAGUGGAAAAGAUUGUACUGCAAAUUUUGACCAGUGUUGGACGACAAUGCCUCCUGAUGACUCACCUGCUGCCACACCAACAGCUGGUGGACAUUUCCAAGGAUACACCUACAUUGCACCAAACCCUUGGCUUUCAUCUAGAUGA